AUGCCUAAACCAACGCACAUUACGUGUCUCUGCGGCGAUAUCUUUGAGCCAGCAUCUAUCCUUCCAUUCGAGGAGCUCCCGGUGGAGAAGCAUCUCUGCCACUGCAACAUCUGCCGUUACUCUACGGGAGCCCUGUGCGCAUCGUACUUUGAACUCAAGGGCGAGCCGAGCGCGAAGUCCCUGGAUCGCGCGACGGCAUAUCACACGCCCAAGUAUGUGCGUUACUUCUGCAAAAACUGCGGAUGCAAUGUUUUCGCAGUCGGAAAGACCGACGACAACAAUAGAUGGCUAGCGUGUUCCGGCACGCUCGAGACCGACAGGAAGGCGGCGGACGACGUCGUGGUCAACGUUUCAAAGAUCACGGCGCACAUUUACGUCGGCGACGCCGCUGACGGCGGGAUCGCGCCGUUCCUCAGCACGAUCCGAGGCCAGGAGGUCCCUUGCUACGAGGUGGAAGAUGUCGGGACGGCGAUGGACAAAGCCCAGCUUUCACUGCUGCGGAAGGGACCACCACCACCACCGGCGGAAAAAGUAUUGGAACGAGGAGACACCUUGAACGCCGCGUGCCAUUGUGGAGCUGUGCGGUUCCAAAUCAAGCCACCCGCGUACGACGAAAAGAGUGAAGGGUGGUAUGUGCCCCCGGACCGAACCAAGUACUAUGCCCGCUUGUGCUGUUGCCGGUCCUGUCGCCUGAGUAUAGGUUUUACGAUGCAGCCGUGGGCGUACGUGCCGCCUGGCCAGAUCCUCACCGACGACGGCCAGCCGGUCCUGUUUGGACCGCAGCACAAAGAGACCACGCAGCUCGGGGCCUUGAGGUACUACCAGAGCUCCGACGCCGUGCUGCGCGGCUUCUGCUCGACCUGUGGUGCCACGAUGCUCUAUCAGCCUUUCGAGAGGCCGUAUAUCAUCGAUGUCAGCGUGGGGAUCUUGCGAUCAAAACACGGCAACACAAUGGCCAGAGAGUGGUUGGACUGGGACAGAACGGUGGUGAGCAAGUUGGCGGAGGCCGCUGAUGAUGAUUUGGCUCGUGCUUGGAUGCAGAAUGAGUAA